UGCUCCACUUGUAACGGUAAAGGACAUAAAUCUUACACCUGUACAUACUGCCAUGGUUCGACAUACCAAUAUGGUGGUUAUCUGGGGAUUAAGUGUAAUAGGUGUAAAGGGAGUGGUUAUGAACAUGAACCAUGUUCAGAUUGUGGAGGAAGUG